AUGUUUGAAUAUUUUACUGAUUUAUGUCAAGAAGAAGUAGAAUUUGAUGAAAAUAAUUAUAGAAUUCGAUGCUUUGAACAUAUUAUUAAUCUUGCUGCUCAAGAUAUUUUAAAAAAUCUUAAAGCUGAAGAAAAAUUUAUGAAAUAUAAUUCAAAUAAACUUGAAUUAAUUAUGGAUGUGAAAACUAGAUGGAAUUCUACCUACUAUAUGAUUAAAAGAGCUCUUGAUUUAAAGAAGUUAGAAAAAUUUAUCAAAAAAAGUAAAAUUUCAACUAUUGAAAAAGCAGCACAAGCUGCUAAAACCAAGCUUGAAAAAUAUUAUCCAACAACAGAUGGAUUGGCUUAUAUUGUUGGAACAAAAGCCUUGUGGAAAUCUAAAUAUCAACUUUCUAAAAAUGUUCAACAAAAUUAUACUGAUGAUAAUAAUCAAGAUGAUAGUGAUACUCAAGAUGAUUCUAAUAUUGAUAUUACUGAUGAUAAUUCUACUGAUAAUGAUGAUACUCAAAAUAAAAUGCUAACUAAUAUUUUUAAAAAGCGUAAAAUAGAUAAUAGAGAUGAGUUAGCUAUUUAUUUAAGAGAAUUAGCCAUUAAUCCGAAAGAAAUAAAAAUAGAUACUUUAGAAUGGUGGAAA